AUGUCUGAAGAAACUAGGAAAGGCCUCAAGAGGAGGUGUAUAUCGCUUGAAAAUAAAAUUGAAAUUAUAAAUCGGUUAAAAGAUGGUGAAAAAUUAUCGGCUAUUGCCAAAUCAACAAAUUUAAAUGAAUCAACCAUUCGAACCAUAAAUAAAAAUGCUGAUCAUAUAAGGAAAACUGUGGCAGAUGGGUGUCCUUCAGUUGCAAAACGUGUCACUCGCACGCGACCAUCUAUUAUGGUGAGAAUGGAACGAGGAUUGAUGAUUUGGUUAGAAGAUUGUAUAGCUAAAAGAAUUCCUAUAAGUGGAAAUCUUAUAAAACAGAAAGCUCUUAAAAUUUAUAAUCACUUAAAGAAUAACGGACCUUCACUACAUAACCAUUCGUUUGCCGCGAGUAAAGGAUGGUUUGACAAAUUUAAAAAACGGCAUGCCUUGCAUAAUAUAAAAUUUCAAGGCGAGCAGGCAUCAGCAGAUUCAGAGGCUGCCGAAAAUUUUAAGCUGAAACUUGCUAGAAUUAUUAAUGAGGGAGGUUAUUCACCUGAGCAGAUAUUCAAUGCUGAUGAGACGGCUUUGUAUUGGAAAAAACUUCCAUCAAGGACUUUUAUUUCCAAAGAUCAAAGGCGUGCUCAGGGGUUUAAACUUUCCAAACAACGAAUUACUCUUCAUCUGUGCAGCAAUCUAUCCGGGAACAUGAUUAUGAAACCGAUGAUAAUAAAUUCUUCUUCAACUCCGCGUGCACUAAAAAACAUGAAUAAGACACGAUUGCCUGUAUUCUGGCGAUCAAUAAGAAGGCCUGGAUGA